AUGAUGAAAGAGGACAGUAAGGACAUGGACUCAUGUCAUCAUAGCCGAUCUAAGACCUAUCCAUUUGACUUUAAAAAUGUGAAAAUUAAUAUUCUCAAUAACAUUGAUCACCGAGAACCUUUACAGCAUAGAGUGAAAAAGAAUGAUGUACCUAAAAUAGAAAGGGGAGUUCAAACAGUAAAGGAAAUGCCGGUGAUUUGUUUGAAGCGGGAUUCUAGCCAGCAAACUGAUUGUGCCAUAUCUGUCUUGAAUGGUGAGUUGCAGCAGCUUUCUGAAUAUCUCAUGGAAGCACUUCAUAGGGAGCAAAAACUGAAGAAGAAACUGUGCGUCUUGCAGGAGCUUCUCAAUGUGCUUGUACAAACCUCUGAGAUGUCGUGGAAGGCCCAGCUGAAUGAAGACAAAUUAAAGUGUAAAGUGGCAAAUCUUGAAAAUCAGUUGUUUUUCUCUACUCAGAACUUUUCAAAGACCGGGCUAAAAAAAAUUCUGAUAGACAUGGAAAAAAACAAACAGAAGUAUGAAGAGAAGGCUAAAGAAUCCCUUCAGAAAUUAACAGAUGACAAAAUAGCCAUGGGAAGUCGUAUUCAAAACACUCAGAUGUCCUUAGUGGUAUCAGCAGACGAGUGUGAAUUGUGGAAAGAAGAAUAUGAAAAAUUGAAGGCAGACUGGAUUGAACUAAGCAGCAAGCACUGUGAACUAAAGAAUGACAUGAAUAUUUUGCAGAGUAAGCUUAAGUGGGUUACAAAUCAAGACGUACAUCUUCAGCAGCUUCAAAAUCACCUACUAACCUUGCAGCAAGAGAGAAAUGACCUUUACGUUUGUAAUGAGCAGUUGCAGGAGGACUACGAGAUCCAGAAGGAGCAACUCCGUUCUUUACAAGCUAGAUUACAGAAUGCAGAACAGCAGAAACUACAGAUGCAGAUACAGAUUAAUAGUUUACAAAAGGGGCUUGCAGCACUGGAGCAGAAAAGCAGUUCAAGCAUUACUUCCAACACAGGAAUAUUGGAUUUACCCGACACACCUGAUGUAGGAUUGCAGAAUGACCGCCUUCAUUUUAUUACGGAGAAGCUAACAUCAACAGAGGAAGAAUGUGCAGGUUUAAAAGCAGAAGUAGAGUUAAUUACUGAAGAAUACAAGUCAUGUCAACGAAAACUCCAACAGUGCCGGGAGGAACUGAAGGGAAAUCACAGAAGGAAACCUGAGAGACGCUGUUCAUGUUGGAUGCCAGUCUUGGUGAUAGUAUUUGCUGCAGUAACUGCGUACCUUUUCUCCACUGAAAUGGAACAUUUUCUGCACUGAAACUUAGGACUACCUCAAGUUUGUUACAGCAAGUUGUUCUUUGUUUACUGUUUUUAUAUUUCUUUACAAUUGUUUUCUACAUUUAAGGCAGAGUUACACAAAUGUGCCAUUUAAAAUGUUACCUCCAAAUACAAUUCAACUAUAUUUAAUAAAACAUGGCUUGGUAUUCUGAUUUC